AUGACUGCCUUCUCCACCCGGGCUCGCCUCGUAGCAGACAGCACGUUAUUCGGCCUGCCUCUAAAAUGGGUUUCGCUAAUCACCCUUGUGGUGCAAAACUCGGCGCUUGCGCUCGUAAUGUCCUAUUCUCGGAAAACGCGCGACCCAGACCAGCCACCUUACGUCGUGUCCACCGCCGUCGUCAUGUCCGAGCUCAUCAAGCUGAUCGUCUGCGCAAUAGUCUAUUGGAGACAGGAAUCGCGACUGGCGGGAGGCGUCUCGAUGCGCAAAGUGCUAAGGGAUAUGUUUGGGAGCGACAGUCAUUGGAAGAAAAUGACGGUGCCGGCGGUGCUGUAUUUUGUGCAGAACAAUCUGCAGUAUGUUGCGGUGCAAUAUCUGGAUCCAGCAACUUUCCAGGUCACAUACCAAAUGAAAAUCUUAACAACCGCCCUAUUCUCCGUGCUCCUCCUCGGACGAACACUUGCAAGGCAAAAGUGGAUAUCCCUGAUCCUCCUCACCCUCGGCAUCGCGCUCGUGCAAAUGGACGGAAAGACAUCCGACUCGAGAGCAGGAGGAGUACAGCAAGCGCUUGGGCUUAGCGCUGUAACCGUGGCUUGUGUCUUGUCUGGGUUGGCAGGCGUUUGGUUUGAAAAGGUGUUGAAGGGCACACAAGCGUCAUUGUUCCUGCGGAAUAUGCAGCUCUGUAUAUUCAGUUUGAUCCCCGGUUUCAUUUUUGGUGUUUUGAUCAUGGAUGGGGAAGUGAUACGGGAAGGCGGGUUCUUUCAAGGCUACAACGCAUGGACCUGGGGCGCGAUCAUGUGCCAAGCGAUUGGAGGGCUUAUCGUAGCUCUCGUCGUCAAAUAUGCCGAUAACAUUUUGAAGGGCUUUGCAACCUCCCUGUCCAUAAUUCUCUCUUCCGUCGCCUCCAUGUUCUUGUUUGAUUUCGAGAUCACGCUGAUGUUCACUCUAGGAUCGUCCGUCGUGCUAUAUGCGACGCAUCUGUAUGGCCUUCCCGAACGGGCCGGACAGGUCAAACGCGCGACGUCCUACGAACAACCGUCAUCAGAUCCCGAUCCUUUGGACGACAAGGAUACGAACUUAUUGCCGCGUAUUUCGGUCAAAUCAAAUGUUAUCCCCUAUGUUUCGGAAGCAGCGAAGUUGGGAGCAGUGUGGGAUGGAUUUGGGGGAGUUGUCCGAUCGCCUCAGAUGACUCGAGAUGUCCGACGGGGACGCGUAGGAAGGCCUUUCUCACACUUCCCUUUCCCCAGCCUCACUCAUCCAGACACCAAAGAUCUUGCUUUGCGUAUUGGCGAGAGUGGAAGAACACAAGCAUGCUACCGGCAGCUGCUGCUCCAUCCGCUCGCCUUGAAGAAGAAACUUGAGGAAUACAAACGUCGGAAAGAGAUGGAGAGGGGACCUGCGAAGAAAGGAACCACUGCGACGGCAACCACGACGACGGCAGUGCGCGGAGUGUUAGGACCGGUUAAGCCAGCUGGCCCCACUGCGACGACCAGAGCGUCUGUGGCCAGGGCAGCAUCGACUGAAGCAAGCAGCGGAAUUCAGCGAAAAGACCCCGUCAGGGUAGGUAUCGCGACGCGUGCGUCGGGCGUUAGUGCUGUUCGUGCUGCUCCAGCGAAAGCAAACACGAUUGCCCCGAGGAAGUCGGUCAUCCCUCCUCCAGGUCCGCGCCCGUCCACGUUCUCGUCUGCUCCGACGAAGAGAUCCGCAACGACAAUCAGCACGAAGAAGCCCGCAGUGUACCAGCCCCUUUCCGCUCAGACCGCCGCCGCAUCCACCGCCCAAGCACGAGCAGCUCCGAAAUCUCGCGUGGCUUCCACAUCCGCUCUCAACCAAACCGGCGAUGCUUCAUCGAAACCGAUCAGGAAGUACGACCCUACAUCGCAUUUAUACCAGACGACCACGGCACGGAACGGCGGCGCAACGACCCGUAGCCUCAUGAGCACUGAUGCAAGGAACAGGACUUCAAGUAUUCCCAGCACUGCGGUGACGGUUGAGACACGGGACGUAGAGGUGCAGACAUGCGACGAGUUGCUGCUGAUUGCUUUGCAGGAAUAUCAGGCCAGGAUUGCUGCUGGGACAAUGAGCGACAUAGCCUUGGCCGCUGAGCCCGCGGAUAGUGUGAUGGAGAUGGAUGGCGUUCGUCACGCCAUUGAUUUGCCAGGAGGGGAUGCUGGCGAAGUCCUGGUGUCGGAGGACGUCCACCGUGUUCAAGUCACUUUCACUGAUGGCCUUGUGGAAGACGAGGCUGAACAGAUGAUCGUGGAUGAGACGUCAGUGGCUAUCAAGAAGACUAGGAGGGGCGUCAGGUUCACGAGCGAUGAUGAGGAACGAGAUGUUACUGAUGAUGCUGAGGAGAACAAGACAGAGUCUGCAAACCCGUUCAUGACGGCAAAGUCACUUCCCAAAGGCACGCCCAGACCUAAAGCACUCAAAUCGGUUCGAAUGUCCACCCCGGGCCUAUCCGCUUCCGAAGCUGAUACGAGCGUCUUUACACCCGCUGCCAAUGACGACAACGAAGCAACGCCAAAAGCAUCGGCUAUGAAAUCACGACGUGUGGGUGGACAGUUCACGCCAUACAUCUCCAGCCGCGCGGCUUUGGUCGAUAGUCCGGCUACGGUUACCUCCAACACUCCUUCAGUUGCGCCGCCGAGCACCACACCCGCGACUUCCAAACCCACCGAUGAUCAUGAAGCAAGUCCCCAGGUCUCACCACCCCCGGCCCUCACCGCCCAGACACCCGACUCACCCGGGGCGCCGCCCCUCCCGAACUGGUCGUUCACAGGCUACCGAUCGCCCCCAGAGCCCGUUGACAAAGCCACACCGUCCCCGCCCAAAUCGGGAUUCCUGACCCGCAACGACAAAACGGGAGGAAGCGACGCGACACCUCUCCGAUCCUUUGGCGUCGGCACCAACGUUGGUUUGGGCGGUGGGACGGGGACCGGGACGGCCGCUAGCGGGUCCAUGUCGGUGAUGAGGCGCCACGGGUUGCUCUCUAGGAGAGUGGACGGUUCUGGGGUCGGAAUUGUUGCAGCGUCGCCGAUGCCCGGCUCCCAGGCGUCGUUUGAUCGCGUCGCGGGGAUGAUGCAGAUGUUGUCGUUGGCGGAUGGGAAGUUUGGGUUCAAGGGUGUUGGAGAAGGUAGCGCGGAGCGCGAGGAGAAGGAAAAUGAACGAGGCGUGGUGAAUGAACCUGUUGGCUCGGUGGCGGUUCUGACGCCUUUGAAGGCGAGUAAGAAGGAUAAGUUGGUCCUAGGCGAAAAUGUCUCAACAGUCCUAACCCCCGUGCGCCGCUCCACCCGCAAACCCAAGCCCACUCCCUCCUACGCCUCCUUCGCCUCCGCGUCCCGCACACCCUCCGCCCACCCCGACGACUCAAUUAAUAACCUCGAAAUGUCCGGAUCCGACGCGGAAGCCAUGACACCCACCAAAUCGGCCAAGAAACCCGCCACGGCGAUGCCGCGGUAUGGCGCCGUGAAUGUGGGUGAGAUGGCCCCGUUGAAGGUGGAGGGCAAGGCUGGGGCCGCGACGGGCACAGGGGAGGAGAUGGACACCGAUCAGUUGUUGAUGAAGCAUGGGUUUGCGUUUGUGCCUAAUAAACACCUUGACUGGACGGGCCGCAUGACCCCACGCCGUAGCACGGCCGGACGGGUGGCCACCCCGCAGCAGCAACCACGAUGA